AGUUCCACCCACAGAAGAAGAAUCAGAGCUGUGCUGGGUUCUGCUGGGUUCUGCUGGGUUCUGUCAGCGGGUCACGGAGUCAGAUGCCUGGUUUCCAGUUCUCCGGUUCUCGGGAGGAGGUUCUGGUUCAGGGCCCACGGGUCCUUGUGACUGGGACAACAGGUCUUCUGGGUCGAGCCGUCUUCAGAGAGUUUCACAACAGUGGCUGGGUAGCGAUCGGGACUGGAUACCGGAGAGCCCGGCCUCGCUUCCUGCAGUGUGACUUAACUGAUGAGGAUGCCGUCAGAAGGCUGCUGCACGAGUACAAGCCUGAAGUGAUUGUCCACUGUGCAGCAGAAAGGCGUCCAGACUUUAUGGAACGUCACACUGAAGCAGCUGUCAAUCUGAACGUGCACGCCACAAGCACACUUGCUAAGGAGGCAGCUGUUUGUGGAGCCUCAUUCAUCUACAUCAGCACGGACUACGUGUUUGAUGGGCGGAACCCUCCAUAUGGAGAGAACGACUCUCCAAAUCCUCUCAACGUGUACGGACGAAGCAAACUGGAGGGAGAGAGAGAGACACUCAGACAUUGUCCAGGUGCUGUGAUCCUGCGUGUCCCUGUGCUGUUCGGGGAGGUCGAGUUUGUUACCGAGAGUGCUGUGACGGCUCUGUGGCUGAAGGUUCAAGAGGCGACGGAGGAGAGCUGUACGCUGGACCACUGCCAGCAGAGAUUCCCCACCGAUGCUCGAGACGUAGCGUCUGUGUGCAGGAAGCUCUGUGAGAGAGUGAGACAGGAUCCAUCUGUCAGAGGAAUCUUCCACUUCUCCGGUAAAGAGCAGAUGACCAAAUAUGAAAUGGCUGUUGCCAUGGCGCAAGCCUUCAAACUGCCAUCCCAUCACCUCAUCCCACUCACAGAGCAGCCCAUGGGCUCGGCUCCUCGACCAAUCAACAGCCAGCUGAACUGUUCUCGUCUGGAGAUGCUGAACCUCAGUGUGGAUCCACGAGCGUUUGCUGCUGCCAUCACCGACUGUCUGUGGCCGUUCACGGCAGACAAACGCUGGAGACAGACUGUUUUCCACUGAGAUGGGGAGACAGAGACACAGAGCUUUACUCUAAAGAAGAGGGUGUCUAUAGUUCUGCAUGCUCCAUGUUCUUUCUGCAGGUUCCUUCUCUGACCUUUAACCCUAACUUUAAUUCCAGCC